GCGGGUGUUGCGCUGCGAGGGAAGGGGCGAGAGCAGACGCUGACAGUCACGGGGCUAGAGGCCGGUUGGGCCCGCGCCGAGCAGCCACCCCGCUUUCAACGGCUUUCUCUCCCUUUCCCCAACGGCGGCCUUUGUCGGGGGCGAGUCGGUCCUUGAGGAGGCUACCGCCCUCAUUCACUCCCCUCCCUCCCUUCGUCCGCCCGUCUGUCCUUCCUCAGGCCCAGGAGCAGCGCCUGCGCCUCCUUCCCCGCCUGAGUCACCACCGCCACCGCCAUGGCCGAGAGCGGCGAGAGCCCCGGCCCGGGCCCCCGGAGCCCCGCGGAGGACAACGCCGACCCUGCCCCCGCCUCUGCCGCCGAUGACCCCAAGAUUAUCAAAGUCACGGUGAAGACCCCGAAGGAGAAGGAGGAGUUUGCGGUGCCGGAGACCAGCUCCGUCCAGCAGUUUAAGGAAGAAAUCUCCAAACGUUUCAAGUCUCACACUGACCAACUUGUGUUGAUAUUUGCCGGAAAAAUUUUAAAAGAUCAAGAUACCUUGAGCCAACAUGGAAUCCACGAUGGACUUACUGUUCACCUUGUCAUUAAAACACAAAACAGACCUCAGGAUCAUCCAGCUCAGCAAACAAGUACCACUGGAAGCAGUUCCUCUACAUCAGCGCCAUCCAAUAGUAAUUCCACACCAAAUUCUACAAACAGCAACCCAUUUGGCUUGGGCGGCUUUGGAGGUCUUGCUGGUCUGAGUAGCUUGGGCCUGAAUACAUCCAACUUCUCGGAACUACAAAGUCAGAUGCAAAGGCAGCUCAUGUCCAACCCUGAGAUGAUGGUCCAGAUCAUGGAAAACCCCUUUGUUCAGAGCAUGCUUUCAAAUCCUGACCUGAUGAGACAGUUAAUUAUGGCCAAUCCUCAAAUGCAGCAGUUGAUACAGCGAAAUCCAGAGAUUAGUCACAUGCUUAAUAAUCCUGAUAUAAUGAGACAAACUCUAGAACUUGCUAGAAACCCAGCAAUGAUGCAGGAAAUGAUGAGGAAUCAAGACAGAGCCUUGAGCAAUCUCGAAAGUAUACCUGGUGGAUACAACGCUUUGCGGCGUAUGUACACGGAUAUUCAGGAACCAAUGUUGAAUGCAGCACAAGAGCAGUUUGGUGGCAAUCCAUUUGCUUCCUUAGUGAGCAACACACCCUCAGGUGAAGGCAGUCAACCUUCCCGUACCGAGAAUCGAGAUCCUUUACCCAAUCCAUGGGCUCCCCAGUUUGGUCCACAGAGUUCGACCAAUAGCAACACCGGGAGCAGCGCUGGCAGUGGAAGCAGUGUUGGCAACAGUUCUAGCGGCACCACAGGUCAGAGUUCUACAGUGCCGAAUUUGGGACCUGGAGUAGGAGCUGGUAUGUUCAACACACCAGGAAUGCAGAGCUUACUGCAGCAGAUAACGGAAAACCCACAACUUAUGCAGAACAUGUUGUCUGCACCCUACAUGAGGAGCAUGAUGCAAUCCCUAAGCCAGAAUCCCGAUCUUGCUGCCCAGAUGAUGCUGAAUAAUCCCCUAUUUGCUGGAAACCCUCAGCUUCAAGAACAAAUGAGACAACAGCUCCCAACUUUCCUUCAACAAAUGCAGAAUCCUGAAACACUCUCAGCAAUGUCCAAUCCUAGAGCAAUGCAGGCUUUGUUACAGAUUCAGCAGGGCUUGCAGACCUUAGCGACAGAAGCACCGGGCCUCAUACCAGGGUUUAGCCCUGGCUUGGGAGGGCUGGGAAGCACCGGAGGCUCUGCCGGAACCAACGGGACGAGCUCCGCUCCUAGCGAGACUCCAAAUUCGGCAUCGGGAACUGCUGAGCCUGGGCAUCAACAGUUUAUUCAGCAGAUGCUGCAGGCCCUGGCUGGAGCAAAUCCUCAGCUCCAAAAUCCAGAAGUCCGAUUUCAGCAGCAGCUGGAGCAGCUCAGUGCAAUGGGCUUUUUGAACCGUGAAGCAAAUUUGCAAGCUCUAAUAGCAACAGGAGGAGAUAUCAAUGCUGCCAUCGAAAGGCUCCUGGGCUCCCAGCCAUCAUAGCAACACUUCUCUAUCUUGAAAAAAUGUAAUUUAUUUUUGAUAACGGCUCUUAAAUCUUUAAAAUACCCGCUUUAUUUCCUUUUGACUCUUGGAAUUAUGUCUUGUUAUUAACUAGAUCCAAUCUGAUGCAUUUUAAGGUGGAGUGCAGUAGUUUUCUUUGAACAGUGGGAAUCAAUGCUUUUUCACUCAAAGGUGUUGCAUGCAUCAAACACUUUUUUCUUCUGCAUUUAUUGUGAUUUAUGGAAACGGAUAACCGCUUUCACAGUUGGGUGAACAGGUUUUGUCCUACACCUGUCCAAUUGAUUUGCUUUUUAAACAUUAGCCUUUGGUAGUAAUUUAUGUAGAACCCAAAGUAUUAAAAGGCAAAUGCAAUUAUUUGAAGCUAUAAUUUGUGGUACAAUAUUGCUUAUUGUGACUUCGGCAUGUAUUUUUGCUAGCAAAAUGCUGUAAGAUUUAUACCACUCACUGACGAUUUUUGCUUUAUUUGUAUACAAUAAGUAUGCACCUUUGAAACGGUGUAUACGUACGUUGCGGUAGACUGAGCAGAGCCUGUGUAACCAAAAGGAACAAGUCAACACCGAGGACAAAUACUUCCUAAUUGCGUAGAAUCUUACAGCAUCUUUGGUUACCAUCUCAGCAAAAAUGCUGGUUUAGGCAAGUUCAUUUAAAAUAUAGUUCGUAGAAAUGCUGAUCUGGAUAUCUCUAAGCAUUCAUCUAAUUGUACAGAAACAUGAAUUGUAACUGUUGCAGCAUUCACAGAUUGACUGUAAAUGACUUGAAUCUUUGUGUAGAAUGAAGGAGCACUCUUGGAUGCUCAGAAAGCGCUUUGACCCAAGGCUUUUCAGCUUCUCCCAUCGAGAGUCUAACCUGCGUUUGGAUUUGUAAUUGGAAAUGUUACUUUCACUGACCCUGUCACGUGAUAUUCUGAUUAGUUUUAACCGGCGGCCAUGUAAAAAUACGACUGUAUAUCUCUUUGAGUUUAUAUCGGUAGCUCUUUCUCUUGUGCACAGGUAAUAAAUGAAUUAAAAAUGAGUUGUGAGCCACUUGUCUUCUGAAGUGUUUUGGUAGCUCUGUUAAGACUAGGUGAGUUUUGUGCUUUUUUGAGCCUCAGGAGGGAAACCCGCCGGGGGGGGAGAGGUUCCCCUUAUAGGGGGCCAGAGUUAGGUACAGGUGGUGUAUGUGAAGCUCUUUGGAUUGCAGUGGAUGUAGGGUAGUUGAGAGAGCUCGCUAGAGAGGUUGGAAGGUGAGGUGCAGUUCUGAGGAUCAGUAGCCUUGGCUGUUCUGUUCUUGCACAGCCCCUUCCCCCGGGGGAGGGGGCGGGGGAGGGAAAUCCUGCUUGCCCAACUCUCAAACUCUUAGGGCAGUGCCUACCUGUCGGGCCAAUUAACCAUGAUGUAGGCAUUAGUCACCGUUGGCUGGCUUUUGGUUUGGUAUUCUCUUAGGUCAUGGUUUUGCUUGCGUGCAGUUUUGGGAAAUUGGCAAAAGUGAGGAAGAAGCAGGGGCUGAAUGAAUGCAGGCUGGUGAAAUCAGGGAAAGUAGAAAUCUGACUGCAUUACUGCUGGUUGCAGAAAAAGUAUGUUAGGCCUUUGUUGCCCCCCCACCCCACUUGUUGCUGACUAGACCUGUCACCUAAUAGGCGGGAAAAACGCACAGCGCGUAGGCGUGAAGGGAGUGAGUUAAGGAUCGUAAUCAAACGAUGUCUUUACCUUUCCGCCUUGUGCUUCAGGUGGGCAGAAUAAAACCCCAACCCAACAACCGACUUCUGUACUGGGGUGACUGGUGGCAUUUAGUUGUGGGAUAGUGUCAUAGCCAAUCUGACGAUUUAUUAAUCACUAAAUAACAUAAUAAAUCUCUAGCUUUUA